AUGAUGACGUUGAAGUUCUCAUUUUUAUUGCUUGUCUUUUCAACAAGUCUUGCUUCUGCAUUGACUUCUUAUUCGUCAUCAUCUUCUUCCGAAUCAGAUUCGUAUGAGGACUAUGUUCAAAAACCUUUGGUCAGACAUCAAAAACGUAUCGAUCCUCCUAAACCAAAAGUUCGUUUUUCCUGAUCUUUCUUCCAAUUUUUACUCGUAAUUUUCGUAUGUUCUGAAAAUAGUUUUGAUUGUUUAGGUGACAAAUGAGAAGACUCAAAUCAACAGUUUCUUCGAUCGACCAACUCAAGAAGAAUUGAACACUUAUGACAGUCAAGUCAAAAAUGAUAAAUUGAAACAAGUUGAACUCUUUGAUCGUCCAGAAUCUGAUGAAAUUAAUGCAUAUGACAAAAUCGUGAAAUCAUCUCAAAUUGCACCAGCCGAAGAAAAACAAGAAAACAUCGAUGACGCAGAUGAGAAAUUGAUGUUGGAAACACUUGGAAGAUUAUAUUUAGCUGAAGGAAGUCGUGGAUCAGCAAGUUAUGAAGAUGAGGAUAAUUCACUUUAUUUGGUUCCAUUGUCCGAUUAUCAAGAAACACCAAAAGUUCAAAGUAACAAUAACAAUAACAAAAAUGUUCUUGUUAAAGUUAAUAAUUUCAAUGUAAGUUUUUUUUCUAUAAUGGAUCAAUUCAUCUGAAGAAAAAAUGAAUUUCGCGACAUUUUUUGUCGCGAAAUUGCAAUUCGCGAAACGACACGAAAUUAAUAAAAUAAAAGAGGAAAUUCUUUUUUCGUGUGUUGGGUCUCGCAGCGAUUACGUGUCCCUUUAAUGUUUCUCCUUUAUUUUUGUGUUUAUUUCGUGUCGUUUCACGAAUUGCAAUUUCGCGACAAAAAAUGUCGCGAAAUUCAUUUUUUCGUCAAAUGAAUUGAUCCAUAAGAGGAUUGAAACAAAAAAUGUUAUAGGUCAAAACUAACGUUGUUGGAGAUAUCAAGGUGAGUGAAUUAAUGUUUUUUUUUUAUAUUAAACUGUUUUUUUCAGAAACCAGAAGAUAAACCAAAAGAUCAACCAUUGCCACCACCAGUUCCUCAUUCAGAUUCUCGUUUCGUAUAUCUUCAUCUCAAUCUCAUCGAUUUUUUGACUGUUUCAUUUAUUCUUGCAUUCUUGUUCACAAUUAUUAGAAAAUCAUACAAGAAAUGUUUCGCCGCCCAAGUUCCACCUCCACUUCCAACAACAGCAAUCCCACCACCACAUUAUCUUCCAAAUUCAGUUGUUGUUGAAACAACUAAAAAAGUUCCAGUUUAA